AUGCUCACCAAACAUAAGAUUGUCUUUCUUGGCGACCAGAGUGUCGGUAAGACGUCCCUUAUAACGAGGUUCAUGUACAAUACGUUUGACACGCACUAUUCUGCCACUGUGGGUAUUGACUUCCUCUCCAAGACCAUGUACCUCGACGGUGGCAACUCUGGAGAGGACGGCCCUCGGACAGUACGGCUCCAGCUGUGGGACACUGCUGGACAGGAACGGUUCCGGGCACUGAUUCCCUCGUACAUUAGGGAUUCUCAUGUGGCCAUUAUAGUAUAUGACGUCUCCAAUAGGGGUUCCUUUGAGAGUGUUCGGCGGUGGUGUCAGUAUGUCCAUGAGGAGAGGGGCGAUGAUGCCGUGCUGGUGGUUGUUGGCAACAAGAGGGAUCUCCCCUCUACACAACGUUGUGUCACGAGUGAUGAAGGUGCAGCUCUCUGUGAGGAGCUUGGAUGUGCCCUCUUCUUUGAAACGAGUUCAAGGUCCGGGCAGGGCGUUGUGCCUCUGUUCAAGAAGCUUUCCCUGCUUCUAACGGAGCGGGACGACAGCGAUGGUCAUGGUAACGGUAAUGGUAGCGGUAACGGAGGGGCGUGUGCUGGGGGAGGCCAAGCGGCCACCACCAUCGAUGUUGGUGUCAACGAAGGUUCUGCAGCUGGGGAACAAUGUUCCUGUUGA